GCGAUAUGCUUUGGCGUUCCCCGAGUAGAUCCCGCUUGUACACAGCUCCACAAUGAUGCAUCUGAGCCUCGCCUUUGCUAUUGCCGCUGUCCUGGUGUGCCUGGUUUCAGCCGGAACUGUGGUCAUCAAUGGAAGCUGCCGGGACUGCAGCCCCCCCGUCGCCGAGACUGUAGUUGUCGACGGCAAGGCCUACAGGUCGGGCAAACCAGGCCAGGGCUCCGUCUACAUAAACUCCCCCGAUGCCUAUGGUCCUGUGGGUGGGCCUGGACCCAGAGUUGAAGGUGACGCCACUCGCUAUCCCGAGGGCUACAGUGGCCGUGUUCCUGGUGACACCUAUCUCCACAACGAUGACUGUGUCGGAUGCAGCAUCAGCGGGGGCGGGGACUGAGUUUGCUCUAUCGAUGUGUCCACGACUGAUAUGAAAUACAAUAAACGAACGGCCCCAAGGCAAAGUCCAAUAUAA